ACUAUCCCUCAUCUCCAAGCUUAGAGGGCCUCGCAGUAUUCUCUCUCAUGUCCAAAGUAAAUUAACCAGUACUGGAGAGAGAGAGAGAUCAGAGAGAGUGAGGCCCGGGGAUUCUUGGAGAUUGACUUGGAAUAUGGGAAGGAAUCCUUGUUGUUCAAAGGAGGGCUUGAACAGAGGAGCAUGGACGGCUAUGGAAGACAAAAUACUCAAAGAAUACGUCAGAAUUCAUGGCGAAGGAAAAUGGAGAAGCGUUCCCAAAAGAGCAGGGCUUAAGAGAUGUGGGAAGAGUUGCCGGCUAAGGUGGUUGAAUUAUCUGAGACCUGAUAUUAAGAGAGGCAACAUAUCCAAUGACGAAGAGGAGCUCAUUAUCAGGCUUCACAGACUCUUAGGGAACAGAUGGUCUUUGAUAGCUGGGCGGCUUCCAGGCCGAACAGACAAUGAAAUCAAAAACUACUGGAACACCAACAUUGGAAAGAAAGUCCAAGCUCACUCCAACCCCACGGCCUUCAAACGGAGACCAUCAAAUCAAGCACAAGGAAACCUAAUUCCCGCUAAGGAAUUAGCCGGCUCAGGCGCUGCUCCACCUAAAGCAAUUAUAGGCUCAGGUAAUGUUAUACGUACCAAGGCAACAAGGUGCACCAAAGUUGUCCUCACAUCUGGACCACAAGAUCAAUCGGACGGUCAUGAUCAUCAACUUGGCAUUAAGCCUCGUGUGCUUGAACCCAGCAGCAGCACUUUAUUAGGUGAUCACGACAGCUCAGCUGAUUUUUCAAAAAUCAAUUUGGAGGAAAAUAAUUCGUCAAACUUCCUGGAGGACUUUGAGAUGGAUGAAAAUUUCUUUUCAGAUUUUCUCGACAUUGAUUUCUCGCAGCUUCCUUGUUUCGAAAAUAACGAGGGUACUGACAGUAUUAUUACUAACACCGGUGACAAAGACGAGCCAUCACCAACAUGUAAUCAUCAGAGUACUACUACCCUUUUGGUUCCUGAAGAAGAUCAAACGAUUCAUGGCUCGGAUUUUCAGCCUAUGGCUCCUCUGACUGAGUCCGAAUUGGAUUGGAUCUAAGACACAUACGAAACUACUUUAAUUAGUACUCCAAGCUAAUUAUCUAGUACGUACGUAGCGAGUGGCAUGAAUUUAUAUAUAUAUAUAUAUAAUCCGAAUUGGAGUACUGCGCCCAAAAUUGCAUCUAAUUGGGCUUGUAAACUAUGUAAUUAAUCUGUCAUGAUCUCCUUAAAGUUCUUAACUGGGGCGCAUGUGAAUCUUGGGUAUCCAAAAUAAAUCGCUGUGCAUUCCAAACAUGUAUAUGCCAGCCAAGUCAAGGAAUUGUGUU